AAACGUCAACACAUAGUAUUGAUCAUCCCUUACGUCUAUGACUAAGUGGAAAUUCUUACCGGAGGUUUCCUCGGUGGAAAAAUCGUUGACAUAAACGCGAUAACAUUUUGUUUCUCUGGUGCUCUUAUUAAUAAUCGGGAUAAGUGCUACCAUUUCGAUUAUGGCCGAAGAGGGCCCCAAAAUGAAACACGUCCAGGGCGUCGGCUAUACAACAAUUAUCGGACUAUGUCUUGGCGGUCUCGUUUUUGGUUUGCUGAUGCUGGCAGUAACUUGGUAUUGCUACAAGAGAAAAGUUCUGAACUCUCAUAAACGACAUGGACCUGAUCAACCGUUAGCUUUCCACACCCACAAACGACCGACAGCAGUUAAGAGUCCCGCGGGUUCUACGGGUGGAACUCAUUAUCUGAAGAAGAGCCCCAGUCCGACUGGUCCUUCUAAAACACCACCAGGGAUGUCUACACCUCAUACUCCAAGUCCUACUGGAAGCGUAGUUGGACCUUUGGAGAGUGGAGUAAUUAAUAAUCAGAUCGAUACGAAACCCGUACAUGAACCCAUUGCUAAAGCCGAAGUCUCGGCGAUUUACAAUACGGAAAACGAGAAAAAUACGUUACCUACUAAGGAAGAAAUCGAGGUUAACGAAAAGAACUUACAACAGAACGCUUCUUAUUUAGGACAACUUGUUUUCAAACUCAGAUAUAAAAACGACAAGAACGCCUUGAUAGUCUCGGUAGUAAGAUGUCGAGAUUUGCCGGCUAAAGAUAGCAGUUUGGGAUCGAGCGACCCAUACGUAAAAUUACAACUUCUGCCCGAUAAGCAACAUAAAGUGAAAACUCGCGUACUGAGAAACACCAGAAAUCCCGUUUACGACGAAGAUUUCACUUUUUACGGCAUAGCUUUCAAUCAACUUCAAAAUAUAACUUUGCAUUUCGUCAUCCUCAGUUUCGACAGGUACAGUCGGGAUGACAUAAUAGGUGAAGUUUUUUGCGCUUUAAAUUCCGUCGAUACAGCACAAAUCGAAACCCAACAGAUGGCGGUAUGUCGGGAAAUUCAACCGAGAAGUUUGAAGAUUCGAUCGCAAGGUAGGGGGGAUAUUUUGGUAUCUUUAUGUUGGCAACCGGCUGCGAACAGAUUGACAGUUGUCGUACUGAAGGCGCGUAAUUUACCCAAAAUGGACGUCACCGGACUCGCGGAUCCGUACGUGAAAAUUUAUCUUCUUUUUAAUGGUCAACGCAUUGCCAAAAAGAAGACCCACGUCAAAAAAAGAACUCUUAGUCCGGUAUUCAAUGAAAGUUUCGUAUUCGAUAUACCCCAAGCUGGAGAAGGUUUAGAAGGGGUUAAUUUAGAAUUCUUACUGUUAGAUUGGGAUCGAGUUACUAAAAAUGAGGUUAUAGGAAGGUUGGAUUUGGGCGGUCCGAAAUGUACAGGGUCGGCUUUACAUCAUUGGAACGAAGUCUGUAAUUCCCCAAGACGCCAAAUAGCCGAAUGGCAUAAACUAAGAGAGUAAAACCAUCACCGUUUAUAUAUUUAAUAUUGUAUGUUUAAAUAUUUAUCUACAAUUUCGUUCGAAUCAACUUUGUAAAUGAACGGAUUCAUUUAUUAAAUAUUUAGAUCUAAUUUCCCGAUCGCCAUGUUUAAUUUUAGCCGGAAAUGUCACUUUUCAUCAUUAUUCCAGAGUUACGCCGUUGCCAAACGUAAAUUUUUGGUAGUUUUCAAACCUUGAAGUCGAAAUAUUUUGUCCCUAGUUUCGAGGAAAAAUAUUCGACUUGGCAACAAUGUAAGAAAUAUCCGGAUCAUAAGAUAUGGAUUGAGGCGAAGUAAACGAUUUGACAACACCGCGAUGCAUGUUUAGACGUUUAAGCACUAAAUCUCGAGAAAAAUAAAACAAUAUGGCAACAACGCAACAAAUAUUUGAUUCGGUAUCAUUUAUUAAUAGAAAAGAAGAAUUUUUAAAGCGUAUAAAUCGCUAAAACUAAAAUAUCUCUAGUUUAAAGGAAAAAUAUUCGACUCGGCAACAAUGUUGAAAGUAUCAUAACGCUUCGGUUGAAAUGUCUUUGAUACAAGAUUUAUUGAGAAAUAGAAAUUGUAUUGGCAACAACGCGAGACGUAUUUCGAUCGCUAAAUGUCGAGAAAAUAUUCCAAAAUGGCAACAGCGCAAUUUUUCUCCGGAUCUUAGGUUAUGGUAUUGAUAGAAGUAAACGAAUCGUAAGAUCUCGAGAAAAAAUUUGAAAAUGGCAACAACGCAAAAAAUAAUCACGAAAACUACAACUUACCGAGUUGAAGGAUGAAGAUUUGACUUGGCAACAACGCGAGACGUAUUUUAAAUAUGAAUCAUAAGAUAUUCAGGAAAAAAUCGAAUUGGCAACACCGUAGAAAAUAUCUUGAAUUUCAAUCGGCAACUAUGUACAAUAUAUUUUUCCUGGGAUCUAGGGAAAAACGUUAAAUCGACAACAAUGUAAUGAGCGAUUGUUCGUUAUAGGAACAGGAACAAUCCUCUAGCGUGUAAAUUAUUUCAACGACCAGAAUACACUGAUAAAACUGUUUUAUUACAACAAAAUAUUUUUUCCAGUGUAAGAAUUUCGGUACUUUCCAUAGCAAUUUGUCGUUUUCUUUAUGCGAUUUUAUCAUGAAUUCAGCAAUUUUUCAACGAAAUAGGAAUUGAUAGUUUGUUUAAUUACGAGGGUUGAUUCGAAUGUCAGCAAAAUAUUAAUCAUAGCAGCAUUUACAUUUUCCAAAAAGGCGUUUUUGAAACGAAAAAAAACCAACCGCCUUCUCACACAUCGUUUCUUUUUCCAGUAUUACCACAUUAUUUUUUUUUUGUUUCUGUUUUUCGUAACGCUAUUAAUCAAGUAUUUUUUGCACAAUAUUGCAACAUCGGAAUACAUCUGUUCAAAUAUACGAAAUUUAAUUUUGAAAAGAAGCGAAAACUUGAUUUUUUAAAAUUUUCGUUUCCAUUAAGGUCAGCGUUACUAAAAACAUGAAACAAAAAAAUUUUUUUUUCUUAUAAAGCUCUUGUAGAUUAGGCACACUGACACUCUUAAAUGUACAUUGAUAUUAGUUAGGGUUAAGCGUACAGAUAGAGCGAGAAUUAGAGCCUGGCGGACAUUCAUUUUGAGAGGUUAGAAAAAUUUUCUAUGCAUUCUUACUACACUUCAAACAAUUUGUCUAUGGUUGUCGCAAAAUAUUCAAACAACACAAAAUAAAUAAUCUGACACAUCUAAUUACGAGGUACAGUCAAAAAAUAUUCGAUUUCAUUAUUUUAAAAGUACUACCCUUAUCCUAGUGGCAAUCUCUUUUUGUUUUUAACCAAAUUUUCCAUUACCCCUUUGUAAAAUUCAUAUUUUCUAAAUUUUCGAUCAAACCUUGUAUUUCUCACCCCCCCCCUCCCCAUCCCACAACCAUUCCCCAAACAUAUCACAGUGAAUCCAAUCCUCUUAAGUAUCUUCGUUUCAAUAUGACCAUAAAUCAACAUCUAGUUCAACUUUCUUCGUUCUUUUUGGAGGUAGAAUUUUUCUCCUGACAUUAAGGGGCAAUCUACAGGGGCUAGAUUCAACAGAGGGUCCAGAUUCUAUUGUGAAGAGGAAGAAACCUUUAUUCACAUUUUCUCUAAGUGAGACACUACGGAACUCGAAAGCACUACACCUGGGGGGCGUGAAAUAGAAGAUGAAUAUCUCUGGCAGCUAGAGCCAAUAAUAGGGGAGCUGUAAACACUGGGUUCCCCAGUAUUGCAGUAUGAAUGGGGGACAGUAGAUCUUUGGGUAACGGUGUACGUGGUAUCCUAAUAUGCAUAUCGGUUGGAUAUGGAUGAUAACCUUGGUAGUAACAAUGAAUCUAUUUAUUGUAGACCCUUAUCACUUAGAUAAGUUGUUGUUAAGCCCAACCCCCCCCCCCCCCCGAGUAUUUUAAACUACUGUAGUAAGAAUGGAACAAAAAUGUGUAACUUUGGCGUAUGUCUGGCAGGCACUGGUUCUUAGUCUAAGCUAAGCCAUCAAGAGUGAUAGCUAUGAAUGUAAAUAAAAUUAAUUAUAUUUCAAAAUUCAGCUGAAAAUGAAAAUAUUUUUAGUAUAUAUAUUUGAAAAUACAGAAGUUCGAUCCCCAAAACUAUGCAAUUGAGUGAAAUGACUUUUUAUUUGAUUCGAAGACUAUCUGACACCGGCUCGUUAUAAUUCCAAUAAUAUUAAGUCACUAACCACUGAAUUUUGAAAAGAAAUGUUAAUAUCGAGACCGAAAGUACACCCCGUAGCAAAUAGACUAAAUUUUAACUGUAUUCCUAAAAAAAAAGUAACUGCACUACUGGCUAUUUGCCACAACAAACAUUGAAAUAAAUCUAUCGACAAAAUGUAUAGCGUUUCAUAAUUUUCCGCAGAGUUUCGGGGUAAUUUCUGUAUUAAUUAUAAAUACAUUUGAAAUUGAUAUUUAUUUAUUUCCUAUAGGAAAAGUUUCAAUUUAUUUUUCUAUUUUCAAUUAUAAAAAAAAUAGUUUUUCCUCGUACAAUGGUGAUUGGGCACUUCUAUAAUUUGUUUUGACAUAAAUAAAUUUUUGACACUGACUACCAUCGAAAUGGACGUUCCAAAAAGAGCGCGAGAUUUGAAUUGCGCGCCAUAUUUGGCUGUCAAUAAUGUCACAUGAUUAUUACGUGACAGAUCGAAAGUUGACAGUUGAGUUAGUGACCAUUUAUAGCUGGCGUUGGUCCGGAGGAAUAAUUUCACCUUUUUCUUCAAAAUAGAAGAAGAUAAUCCAGCAAAGAGUCACUGAUCAGUCUCUAGUCGACCAUCAGUCCAAUGCAGAUCAUGAAGAAAUGGGCUAAUGGAUAGUGCACAAUGAUCCUAUCGUGAAUGAAGACCUCCUACUCACUUAAGAAUGAAAAAAAAAAACGAAAGUAACCUGAGAUGAAUGUUUUACGUCAAAAGUUUAGUUUUCGAUUCUUUAAAACCUUUGUUCCGGAGGAUUUCAGUUAAAAAACAUAUCAGGAUAAAGUAAGCAUCAAACCAUUGUACGAAGGCCGUUUUUAUUUCAACCUCCGAUCGGUCCGUGCAGACACUACGCGGGCAUGCGUUGUAGACGACACACUCCGCCAUUCGGACGUCAGUCGGCGUUGUGCUAUGAUAUGUCCGCCAUUAUUGAUGCUGCAGAAAUUCAUCGGAGAAUUUGUCGUGUGUAUGGGAAAAACUUCAUGAGUGAUGGUGUUGUGCGUGAAUGGCGUCGGAAGUUUAAAGAUGCCUGUAAUGAUGAAGGGGGCCAAGAACGCAAAUCUGUCAUUUCAGACGACCUGGUUGUCUUUUAUUUAUAACCUAUCAGAAGGUUGAAGUAAAAAACGGCCCUCGGUUUAACGUUUUUCUUUUUUUAUUAUGGUUAUCGAUGGAAAAACAUUAAGGGAAAUUGAAGAAUCUAUUUUUAACAAAAACAUGGUAGUUUAAGCUUUUUUGUGAUUUAGAAAUUACGAAUCGAACUACAUACGUUUGUAAUUUUCUUUUUUGUACGGAUUAUUUUUUUUUAAUGAAAACAAUAUUUUACUAAUAUACAGAAGAAAUGAAGAAGCGUCACAUGUAAAAGGAACUACAAGAUCACUACAGAGAAAAUAAAAUCACUUUAUAGUGAAAUAUUCACAGAUAUGGAAUAUAAUGAAGGAGAAGAAAUUACACCGAAUUGAGAUGAAGCUCUAUCUAAACUCAGUUUUCUAUUGAUUACCGCCCGAUCAGUAGUGUUGAAGGACCACUCCUCUAUGCUUUAGAAUUAAUCGAUGUUCCUUCUUCUUUUUUAUAUAUUUCAAAACAGAGAAAUUGUGACAUUUCUUAGUUUCGUUAAAAUUUUAGGUAAACUACAAGAUUUUUUGAUAUUAAAGCUACGAAAAGUUUCUUUUUGAUCUAAAUGUGCGAUUGUUGUUUAUAAAAAUUGAUUUUAAAUCCGAUAUUAUGGUAUGUAAAUAAAGUUUAGUAAGUA